GCUGCAGUUGUGGAUUUUUUUUUUUUGCAUAAAUAGUGAUGAGCCCACCAUGAUAAUCAAACAAAUCACUAUAUAUAUCUGCAACCUGAAAGUUAUUACAUUUAAUUUUCCACCAUACACUUGACAUUGAUUUAAAAAAAUGGACAGGCGGCUGAAUGAAGCAGUUUUCAGGGGAGAUGUUGAAACCAUUAAAAAACUCAUUGAAGAAGAUUCCAACAUAGUAGAACAAACCCUUGAGGGUUCAUUACAACACACUAUAUUGCAUCUAGCAGCUAGACUUGGUCAUGUUGAAUUGGUGAGUGAGAUUGUGAAGUUGUUCCCUGAGAUGGUGUCCGCGGAGAAUCGGGAUCAGGAGACCCAUUUACUUGAAGCAUGUAGAGAAGGGAGAGUUGAAAUUGUGAGAAUUUUGCUUGAGAAUGAUCCAUUGGUUGCUUACAAGACAAAUUUGUGGGAUAAGAGUGUGUUUCAUGUAGCAUGUGAGAGAGGGAGGAUUGAAGUGGUUAAACAUUUCUUACAUAAUAAUAUGCACAUGUUGUUGAUGCUUGAAGUUGAUAUGUCUACUACUUCACUACAUGUUGCAGCUUCAUCAGGCGAUACAGAAGUAGUGAAGGAAUUGGUUAAAAUUCGACCUGAUUUUGCUUGGAAAAAGGAUGAGUUUAUGAAUGGUUGCAGUCCUUUACAUAUAGCAUGCAGUAAAGGUCACUUAGAUAUAACAAGAGAAUUGUUAAAGCUUGAUAUGGAUCUUUCUGGUUGACAAGAUAAUGAAGGCAGAACUCCACUUCAUUGGGCAAUCAUCAAAGGAAGAGUGAAUAUUAUAGCUGAAAUACUCUCAGUGAGUCUUGAAUCUGCUGAAAUGACAACAAAACAUGGUGAGACAAUUCUUCAUUUGGCUGUAAAGAACAAUCACUUUGAAGUACUCAAGUUCUUGAUGGAGUCUCUUGAUGUUUCAAACCUCAAGAAUUUUCAAGAUGCUGAUGGAAACACCAUUCUACAUUUGGUUACUGUUAGGAAACUCACCACUGAAAUUAAUGGUGGCAACGCACAAAGUAAUGUGGAUUUCUACAUUAUUUAUGACAUCAGCUUAUAUAGCUGCAAUAUGGUCAAUAUUGCCCCAAGGGAAGGGGGGAUCAUUGGGUGCUAAGUGAGGUUGUGAUCAUAGGGGGAUGGCUGUGUUUUUAAGUUUGGGGAUUUUGUUAGUGAGACAAUGGAAAAGGAAGAGUGAUUGGAGAAAAAAAAGAGAGGAACAUCAUAACAAGAUAAAAGAGGAAACUCCAAAGAGCAAUACAAGUACAGUUCAAGAAAUGAAAGUGGUGAAGAAAGAAAGUCAUGAAGAUGGUAGCAACUCAGAUGUUGAUAGCUCAGAUCAAUGUUAUCAUUUGUAUUAAUUUGUAUUGGGUAAAAAUUAAAACAACUAGUUGUUUAGUUAUAGAAGGAAUCUUUUAGUUAGAUUAUUCAAUUUCUUAGUUUUGGUAAGAGUCAAAUACUUAAACAAUAGCAGUUGUUUACUAAUUUGUUUAUGAUUAUUAAAAUUUAUGUGACAACA